CCAAUUGUAGAUCCCCUAAUGAUACCUUAUAUAUACACCAUCCUUUCUCUUAUUCUUCAUCAUUCCUCCUUCCACACCUCUCACCACAACCACAUAUCCUCCUCUCAGUCUCUCCUAUCGCCUCGUUUACUCACUCGAAAAAACACCCUUUAACAUCGACAAACAUGUCAAACAUCGAGCUAUUUCAAACACUACCACAGCGCUCACUUAUGCCCGAUAGAAGAUGGAGGGUUAACAUUGAUCCAGCACCACCUUGCCCGCGAUGCGCUUCCUCCAACACAAAAUUUUGUUACUACAACAAUUAUAGCCUUUCGCAACCAAGAUUCUUCUGCAAAGGAUGCAGAAGGUAUUGGACUAAAGGUGGGUCCCUUAGGAAUGUCCCUGUGGGUGGUGGGUGUCGCAAGAGUCGUCGAUCCAGGUCUUCCAAGGCUGGUUCGGGUCCUAAUUCGAGUACACAAUCAGACAUAAACCUGCAGUCACCCAAUUCCUCAUCAAAUUACUCGGAAUCAGGGUGUCCUGAUAUCGACAUGGCUGCUGUUUUUGCUCGGUUUCUGAACUCGGGUGAUGAUAAUACUGUCAAUUACGACGAAUUGAAUGAUGCAACAACAAAUACAACAUCUUCUGAAGCAUCUUAUGGGUCUGAAUUAUCGACCUCUUGUCUCGAAAAUCGAUUCGAGUAUCCAAAUUUGUCUGACAAUUUUCUGCAUUUUGUGCCAUCUGAUCACAUACAGUUUCAAGCAGAGGAAGUAAAUCAGGGUUUUAUGACCCCUGAUUUGCCUUCUUUUGAUGACAUUAUAGAGGAUGUUUUUUGGUCUGAAGAUUUCGAUUUUUCGGGUUUUACAUGGCAAACAAUGAAUCAGGCUCAAGAAUUUGAUUCAAAAUACAGGAUUUGAAGCAAAUUUUGGCAUCAGAUUUCAUAUCUUGCAGCUUACAUUACAAUCAACAGCAGAGUUCCAAAUUUUACAAGUAUAUAGAAACCCGUUUGGCAUAUCAUACCCGGUAUAUCCUGCUCAUAGAUACUGAUUCAUCGUGUAGGCUAAAAGCAACAACACCAAUACUUAAGACUUAAUCCCGAAAGAUUGGAUCGGCUAGCCUGGUCUAAAAGCCAUUGCCAUAAUUUUACUUGAUUAAUAUUUACUAAAAGGGAUUAGUAGUAUAUACUAUAUAGUUUAUUUAUACUAUUAAAAACAAUAAAGUCAAUAUUUUGAUAAGUUAUUGUAAUGCAGCUUGUUAGAGCCUCAAGGCAUUUGCAUAGAGUCAUUGAUAUUGUAACUGGUAGCAACAGAAAUUCUUAUCCUUAUUUAUAUAGUUUUCUAUUCCAUUAUUGUUAUUUUAGUUCUUUCUUUUACUUUAAAAUAGUGCAUUUCUAAAUUACAUGAGCAUAGUGAUAAAAUAAAGUUGCAUUGUAUUGUAUCUAUCGAAUUGUUAUUACUCGCAUUGUAAUGGUGACUGGUGUUAAAAAAUGUGUUUUAUGUCGAUUUAAAGAGUCUUGAUUGAUUUUUGGUAGUUACACAACUAUAUUACUCUGUUAUCGCAUAGCUAUGACCGUCACACAAUCCUAGACGAAACUAUAUUUUUGCACUAUGCUCAUGAGUUGCA